AUGGAAGACAUUGCAGAGAGAGGAAGAGGAAGAGGAAGAGGUGUGUUUGGUGACUCAGUGUCAGUGAUGGAGGGAGAUUCUUUCACUCUAAACUCUGAUCUUACUGAAAUUCAUGAAGACAAUGACAUGCUGCUGUGGAAAUUUGGAUUAGAAAACUCUCUCAUAGCUAAAAUCAGCAGAGCGAAACAAAUCUUCUCUACAUCUGAUGGUCCUGAAGAGAAAUUCAGAGACAGACUGAAGCUGGAUAAUCAAACUGGAUCUCUGACCAUCACAAACAUCACAACUGAACUUGAUGGACACUAUGAGCUAGAGAUAGAUGGACCUAUGUGGUGGUCAACAAAAACAUUCAGUGUUACUGUCUACGCUCGCCUGCCUGUUCCUGUCAUUAUCAGAGAUUAUUCACAAAAUCUUUCAUCCUCAUCAUCUUCAUCACAGCAGAAUUGUUCAUUGUUGUGUUCAGUGGUGAAUGUGGGUCAUGUGACUCUCUCCUGGUACAAAGGAAACAGUUUAUUGUCCAGCAUCAGUGUGUCUGAUCUCAGCAUCAGUCUCUCUCUACCUCUGGAGGUGGAAUAUCAGGAGAAAAACAGCUACAGCUGUGUGAUCAACAAUCCUAUCAGCAAGCAGAUGAAACAUCUCAACAUCACUCAACUCUGUCAGAUUCACUCAGAUCAGGGCCUACCCUUGUUUUACAUUCUGCUGAUUUCUGGUGCUGGAUCUCUGUUGAUUGUAGCUGCAGUCGUGAUGUGCUGCAUCUGCUGGAAAUGUAGAAAAAGAAGUAAGGAAUUUGUCUAA